UGAGCACGGAUAAAUAAGUCUAAGAAAGGACCGGUCUUUUCUUUUUUGUAGAAAUUACUGCAUUGAAGCCAGAAUCGACAUGAAACGGGUGUUCGAUUGGAUGAUAUGCGUGUUUGCUGUCAGUGUGGCGGAUCCAGGGGAGAGGAGAGUGAAACUGAUGUCCUACAACACGGGCCUGACUUCACGGAUUCCGUAUUACAAGGAGAGAUCUCAGUAUAUUGCAGAGAAAGUAUCACAAAGUAAACCAGACUUUAUAUGUCUCCAGGAGGUUUGGCAUUAUCGAGAUCUGUUUAAAAUUGUGAAAGAAAAUAGCGCCACCUACCCGUAUUCAUUUAGUGCUAUCCAUAAUGAUACCACCGGCUUGCUGAACAGCAAUGGUCUACACUGGCCAGCUUGUGCUCGAAGUGACGUCAUCCAAAUGUUCUUUAAAAUGUGGUGGUACGGUUGUAUGUCCUUAAAAGGAGAGAUAGCCCGAUUGAACUGCGUAACUGAGAAGGCUGGGUUCAUGGACCUACGUCAGCCGUGCAUCACGUGUAUCACGAUGAGCUCCUUCACGGCGCGGACCGCCUUCAGCGACUGUCUGGGCGCUGUCGAGAACCAGAUGAACGUCCCAGGGCUGCUGGUUCUCAGCAAGCGGAAAUUACGUCAUCACAAAAUGGUUUACUUCCGACCCAAUGUGAAGCAGAUCUUACCGCGAGGUUAUCUUAUGGUUGAGGUUUGGGGACUUGGUAUGGUUGCAUGCACACAUACAACUGCUGAUUUAGGCAAGAUAUACUAUGAACCGAAUCUGAAAUCCAAAUUUCACAGCUGGAAAGAAGAAAACAUGAAGGACGCCAGGAUUCUUAUGAGAGACUUGUCUUCCUUUGCAUCUUCUAUCAUCAUGGGGGACCUUAACACUAGCCCUUCUAUUCCGAGCAAACAGAUUCAGGGAGAUUUUGAGGAGACUUUGGAACUAUUUAAGUCUGCUAAUUAUUCCACGCCGUACAUUGACCUCUGUGGGCUGUGUACGUUUUGUUCUGGGAACAAUCUGGUGCCUUAUAAAACAGACUGGAUUCUGGAUCAUAUCUUACUCAGAGGCCCGAGAGCGGAACAGGCUCAGAGGGUGAUGGAGCACCUACUACCUGACCAGUCUGUCAGUCCCUCCGACCAUUACGGGAUCCAAGUCGUGGUCAGUGUCGCCGACAAGGGACCGGGCCUGUAACGAUCACCAGAAUUAAAUAAAUUAUAUAACACACAUCUGGUAUUUUCUUUAUGAGGUACUCAGUCAAGGCAUGCGAUGU